AUGCUAUGCUAUGUUCAGUCAGUUAGCCCGGACUUCGGUCCGAUGCAGGGGACAAGGUCCCAGUCAGUUUCCGGACUUCGGUCCGAUGCAGGGGGCAAGGCCCCAGUUAGCCCGGACUUCGGUCCGAUGCAGGGGACAAGGUCCCAGUCAGUUUCCGGACUUCGGUCCGAUGCAGGGGGCAAGGCCCCAGUUAGCCCGGACUUCGGUCCGAUGCAGGGGACAAGGUCCCAGUCAGUUUCCGGACUUCGGUCCGAUGCAGGGGGCAAGGCCCUUGUUAGUCCGGACUUCGGUCCGAUGCAGGGGACAAGGUCCCAGUCAGUUUCCGUACUUCGGUCCGAUGUAGGGGGCAAGGCCCCAGUUAUCCGGACAUCGAUCCGAUGCAGUGGGCAAGGCCCAGUAUGUGCUUUAUAUGUUUUUGUAUGGUAUGUGUUAGAUUGGGGGAGCUCACUAAGCUUCGUGCUUAUGGUUUUUAGUUUUGGUUUCAGGUAUCCAGUUUUCAAAAGAGGAGCUCGGGGAGAUUGCAGUGCACACACUGUAGUCACUUAG